AUUGUAUGGGCGCUCGGGAGUAACGAAUGGGCAAGCGCGUGAGAGAGCAAAUCAUCUCACUCGUCCUCGACGACAUUCCCCGACGCCGCUGCUACGUCCUUGACGGCGUACUCGACGACGUGCACCACUCGCAACGCUGAGUGGGGGCUCUGUCAUUCCUUUGUCUCUUUCCCACUGUCCUUCACUCUUAGACUCGCGUUCUGAUCCAUGGCUACUAAGUUAUCUUACUCAUCGUCGUCCCACAAUAUGUCCAAUUCCAACGGCAGCAAUCCCUCAUUACCUCGAAAAGCCACCAAGAAAACAUCGUUUCUUUCGCUCAGGAAGGAGAAGAAAUCUACAGAAUCGCCUUCCGUUUCCGUUUCUCCCAGGCACUCACCGUCUGGCAACUACACAACUUCACCUUCAUCAUUUCAACACUUUGACUACGAGGAUUAUCAGGAACCCAGAAUAUCGCGUCCAUAUCAACUCUCUGGAUAUCAUUCACGAUCGGCUUCUAAGAGUGCUACUUCAGUUCGUAAUGACGGAUACUCGAAGCGAGAGCAAGGGAGAGGUCGACAAGAAAAGGCUUCUCCGCCGGACCAGUCUUUUGAUUUCCCCACUGUGAAUGGCGAUUCUUCAUUCAUGCCAUUCUCUGAGGACGUCAAGGUACCUUGGCCACGGCCACGCUGCCAAACAAAUCCCUCUGAACGGCAGGAUUCUGACCCCAUGCCCUUCGUCCGCCGCUCUGUAAAGUAUCCAUUUCGCGACUCCGGUUCCUCAAGCCUCAGUCAGUUCGAUCCUCUUCCCCAAACUCCCAUAGAUGACAAUAUGUCCUUUCAUGGUUCAGUCUUCAACAUCCCUGUUAUGGUGGCUGCCCCAGUAUCUGGCGUAGAAACGAUGGACGCAUUGGUAGAUGGCAUGAACGGAUUCAGCUCUGAUGAUCAUUUUAUGGGCUCUGGUGGUAUAUCCGGUCGCACAAAGAUCAGCAAGACGGGUCACCAUCCGCUGUACCACCCACCGUUGCCUACUCCCCCUCCUGGGAUUACCCUGGGAAAGGCGACCCCUCGGAAGGGUUCUAAGCCUCACGAGUCCAGUUCUGAUGAUGAGAGCCCUUAUCGUUCAACAAAGCGCGGCCAACGACACAAAAAUCACCGUCCCGCAUCGUCCCGACAUGCAUCCAAUACAACGGUGACGAGAUCCACUCUGCUGGCAAUGCCUUCUAAAGAGGACAUCAGCUUGUAUAGUGGCUCGUCCAUCUCCGAUGAGUCUCUCAGGCCGCCGCCGCCGCCACCUCCGUCGAUUUCGACCAGGACUGUAGCACCUUCCAUCUCCGAAAUUAUACGAGCCCACGCGCCUGCUUCACAGCAAGCUCGGUCGAGGCCUAGCUCGUCACACAAGACAUCUUAUGCACACAGUAGCAACCACGGCUCUAUCACGCAGGAGAAAGUGCUACCGCCACCUAGCCCUCUAAUCACUGAUGACGAGACGGAUUUCGUCUCGAGGUCUUCCGUGGAUACCAUAGCAGAGGAAGUCCGACAGACCAUUCGUAACCAAGCGAGGGCCUCUGUGGUUUAUCCUUGUUCGCGACCUACUUCGUCGUAUUCACAUGUGUCUCCGCCCUCGACCGUUCAUGAGAACUCCAGAGGUUUUUCUUCACCCAAGCCCGAAAGCCGACGCGGGUCAUCCAUUUAUUCACAUUCUACUUCGACAAUUUCUGAUCAACCACAUCUACCUCCAUUGGAUUUACAAUCGUUGACCAAAACGGCCAUAAACUCGCCUUCGCAAACCAUUGCACAGUAUUUACGCUCCAGUCGCCUUACAAGUAUACUCAGGCUGACACGUUCCCCUCACGCUUCUCGAGAAACUCCACUAAAUGUGAGCUUUUCCGACCUUGGUAGUCCCUCUGGCCACCCUCUAGUCAUAUUCCUCGGCCUUGGAUGCGUCAGACAGAUCAUGGGUCUUUACGACGAGAUGGCUGAGUGUCUUGGACUUCGACUCAUCACCAUUGAUCGUUGGGGCCUAGGUCGUACUGACACCCCGCGUGCGAAAUCCGCUAAGGGUAUCCCGGAAUGGGCCUGUGUCGUUGAGGAAGUUCUUGACCGCCUGCAAAUUGACCAAUGCAGCGUCAUGGCCCAUUCUGCUGGCGCGCCGUACGCACUCGCCUUCGCAAAUAGGUUCCCUGAGCGCAUCAGGGGAGACAUUUGUUUGUUGGCACCCUGGGUAGGUGGCGGUGAAGGAGGAGGCUACAAGUGGUUGAAAUAUGUUCCCAACGGUAUCCUGAAGACGGCGCAAGCUGCGGAAUGGAAGGUCCAAGCUUGGAUGCUCGGCAAACCGCCAACACUGGCGUACGAGGGUAUUGGAUUUGACGUCAAGAUCUCUAGGCCUUCGACAGCAAAUUCCUCUAUGACAUCUCGAUUUCACAGCAGCCCCCCUGCAUCAAUGGACAAUGAUACGUCAUUUCGCAUGACACAGGUGGAGAAUGAGCCUCGCCAUAGCAUUAGCUCAGGUAUCUUUAGCGACUAUGACGACCUCCAUGAUUUCGAUGGCCGGUUCGAGAGUCGGAGUACCCUUGGGCGGCGGAGUACUUGUUCACAACGUAGUCGUAUCAAUAGUGAGAGUCAUCCCUCACAUGUUUCAUCCCGCAAGCCUUCAAAGGGCUUUUUGGGUCGUCUCAAAGGAGGAGGUAGUCCCUUGCAAGCUCACUCGCCUAAAGAGGAACGGCCCACAAGUUCAUCGGGUUCCGGGAAGCGUUUAAAAGCACUUCGUUCGAUGGGCUCACUGAAGGGAAGGUCGUCUUCAUCAGGGAAUCCCGCUACCAAGAAAACACAAUCUCCACCACCACCCUCUUUACCUCAACCACUUACACCCGAAGUUGGUCUUGGUCUAGACGAGCUCGAUUGGUCGGGUACGGUAAGGGGGAAAUCACUAUCGACUCCUCCAGCCAAGUCCGGGAAAGCUGAAUCCGUGUCCAGUAUGUCUUUCUCUAACGAUGGACAUUCAAACCCUCGUUCAGGGGGCCGACGUUCUGUUUCUGGUCCGACAAAAUCACCCGUGCCUCCUGUUCCACCUCUACCCUCAUCUCCCAUUGCCGACAACACGCCGUAUCCAACUAGCUCCUAUCAAGCUGCGCUGGGUAACGCCUUGAUUGCUGCUUCUCACGCAGAAUCUGCAAAAGGCACCCAUGGAGAUCUGGUUCAAAUCUUGAACCAUGACCGACAGCCAUGGGGUUUCUCGUACUCAGCGUACCCGCAUUGUGUGCGAGUCUGGUACGGCGAUCGAGAUGAUAGGAUUGCGGAGAAUGUGGUCCGGUGGAUGGAGAAUACCAUGGGUUCAGACAAGUGCUCUGUAAAGGUCGUGAAGGGUGCCGACCAUGCCCUCAUGUUCAAGAGCUCCGUCGUGGUUGAGGUCAUGGAAUACAUGAGCGACUGCUGGCGACUUGAUUGAAAUUUUGCCUUUCUUGUUACAACAUCUAUUUGCUCUUUUACCUUUUGGUUGUUAGGUUAUGUCGGAUGAGAUACCACAAUUGUUUCAUAUAUCCUCUUCAUGUAUAUUCCCCCUCCCUCUCUUCCCCAAUUUUCUCGUUAUUUUCAUUCGCUUUCUCAGCAAUUUGUAUACCUUUGCAUAUUCAUCCUAUCGUUCCCCUCUACGCGUUGUGCAGGAUACCGUAUCAUUUUCCUUCCGAUGUUGGUUAAUUGCAUAUUACUCUUCCAUUAUACGUCUUAAUUAGUGUAGAAUGGGCACAUCUCUGUUGCAAGCUUCUUCUAAAUGCAAAUACUCCAUCAUGACCCC